AUGCCCCAUCCAAUCAUCGGCACCGGCCAUAGCAUGGGCGGUACUCAGCUGUCUUUGUUAUCCCUGAACCAUCCACGCCUAUUGAAGUCGUUAGUGCUUCUCGAUCCAGUCAUCCAACAGCCCAAUGGGAGCAUUCCCCCGGCCGUUGCAUCCACCCCGCGUCGAGACAUCUGGCCUUCUAGAGAGGCAGCUGCAUCGAGAUUUAGGCGAAGCAAGUUUUUCCAGUCUUGGGACCCUCGUGUUUUAGACCUAUGGAUAGAACACGUUCUUCGUGAUGUUCCGCCAAAGUUGCAUCCAGCCGAUGGUGAAGGAGUUGAUGAGCGAGUCACACUUACAACGUCAAAGCACCAGAAACUGUUUACAUUCCUCAGACCUACAUAUGGACAGCUUCCAGGAGAGGAAUACCCUGACAAGGAUCCGAUUACGGAAGAGGAGCACCCGGGCUACCCAUUUUACCGGCCCGAACCAUUGCAAGUCUUCAAUCGGUUGCCUGAACUACGACCCAGCGUGCUCUACAUUUUUGGAGACAAAUCAGAGCUAUCGCCCCCAUCUCAGCGCGUGAAGAUGACACGAACAAGUGUUGGAGAUACAUCUUCAUGGCCAAAACAACAGUCUCCGUUCUCGUCUACGGCACGGGCAGCAUCGGGGCAGUUUGCAUCGAACUAUGAAGCAGCCCGAAGCAAAGGUAUCACCAUCAACUCGGAGAUUAGGGGCAACAACCAUGUUGUUAGGCCAGUUGUGGUGAAGAGUGUGGACGAAGCCUUGACGCUACGUAGCGCGUUUGACUACGUUUUUAUUACAACUAAAGCUAUGCCCUUGGAGGAUACUGCAGAACAUCCUAUUGCAGCUGCAGAACCGUUCCAUCGGAUGUUCCCCCAAAACCCAAUCAUCAGUGUUGUCAUGUAUACACCCUUGACGCAAACAGAGCCAAGCGUGUUUUCUCACCAACUCCUGGACAAGAUCAUCCUCGGCACUUUCCCGUCUUUUGCGCCCAUCUGGCAUAAAGAAGCUGCAGAACUACUCCGACAGCUUCUCGCAUCCGGUGGUGCCAAUGUCACGCACGACGAUGAUAUUCAAUAUGAAAGGUGGAAGAAGCUGCUCAUCAAUGCAUCGGAAAACCCAAUCUGUGCCCUUUCAAACAUCAGGGACGUGCAGUUUUUGCAAAGUGCCCAAGGGGCGACCCAGUUUAUGAGAGAUGUGAUGUGCGAGGUCGCCGCAACGGCUCGUGCGGCUGGAUACAAAACCAUCGAUGAUGGUGUCGUCCAGUCGUAG